CGAACGCGGUAUCGAUAGCACUAAGGUCACAGCUAAGGUGGUUUGGAAUGGUUUCUUCGACCGUCAUUGUUAGAUUUUUAACGUAUGAGUGUUUUCUGCAACCGUGAUUACACAAGUGUUAAAUAUUCCUGACAAUGUAGCGAUGUAGCCCUAGAAUGUAGUAGGAUCUGACGUUCUCCCAUCAGCGCUGUUACAUAUACAUACAUAUUAUGUCCGCAUUAGCGAGAUGGUGCCUAUCCUAUCCUAUCUGCCUAUUCUCGCACACAAGCUUAAACAGUAAAAAGAUUAAUAUUGAAAGUUGAAUAAGUUGUUUUAAAUAACAUAUUGUGUCGAUUCUGGAGUCUCAUAGUGAUGCAGCAUAAUGUUUCCUAUUAUCACCGUACAAAUGUGUAAAAUUCUGUAAAUUGUUUAACAGAAUUUUGCAAAAAUGUCGAAAUUUGGUAAAUCUGUUAAAAGGUGCAUUGUUUAAUAAUAUUGUAAUUAUCGGAGCGGAUAAAUUAACGAUUGACAAACAUGUUGCUGCAACAAUUGGCAGAUUUCUUGAGUCUCAUAACAAUAGGCAUGUGCCUUAUAUUAAAAAUUCCCCAAAUUUUGAAUUUGCAUUCUGCAAAGUCAGCAGAUCAAAUUUCAGUAGUGGGACUUUUAUUAGAAUUAACAAGUUACACAGUGAUGACCAGUUACAACUACACAAAUGGUUAUUCAGUACUCUCUUAUUUAGAAUAUCCUGUUAUUCUAUUACAAGAAUACAUUUUAAUCUUUUUGGUUUUGAAGUACUUAAAUAAGAUCAAUACAUUCUCCAUUCUGGCCACAGUAUUAUAUUUUGUUAUAAGUGUAUCUUUUGCACUUGAAAUAAUUCCAAGAAUAGUUCUCACCUUUUUAGCGCCAAUGUGUACUCCAAUUUCCGUCUCGAGCAAGGUUGUCCAAUUAGUCGCUAUAUUCCGUGCGAAAAAUGCGGACACAGUGUCACCAAUUACGUGGUUCAUUUCUGCCUUCACAAAUCUAACGAGGGUAUUCACGAUUUGGAUGGAUUCAGCGGACAUUUUGCUGCUAGGAAAUUUCAUCGUAUCAGUACUGUUAAGCUCCAGCAUUAUGUUGUCCGCUAUUUAUUAUAGAAGUCACCGAGUAAAACAAGAUUAAAGAAGUACGAACGAAUAGUACAUUAUACCGUUAACCUAGUCACGGCGAUAACUUAUUAAGGACUGUUAAAUAAAAAUGUUAU